GUCAGCUGGUGCAGCUGUGCGGACAGACAGAUGUGAGCACCGCUGCUGACGGUGCUCCACGAUGGGAGCAGCUCGAGCACCAGAAGCGGUUUGAUUAUUAUUCAUUUAAAGCACAGUGAUGAAUGACUGAAGCCACUGCACGGGACAGUAAUUUAAACAGAGGGACGCUCGAGGUAUUUUAUUUCUACGUUGUCCUCACUUCUUCUGCUUCUUGUCUUUCCACCCGAGAGCAUUUAUGAUGAAAUACAAGCCCAACCAGACCAGGACAUACGACGGGGAAGGGUUCAAGAGAAGAGCGGCGUGUUUGUGUUUCAGAAACGAAAAGGAGGACGAGGUUCUGUUGGUCAGCAGCAGUCGACAUCCGGACCAAUGGAUCGUUCCAGGAGGGGGGAUGGAACCCGAUGAGGAGCCCUGCGGAGCCGCUGUUAGAGAGGUGUACGAAGAGGCUGGUGUGAAGGGAAAACUUGGCAGAUUACUUGGGAUAUUUGAGCACAAUCAAGACAGCAAACAUCGCACUUAUGUCUUUACUCUAAUUGUGACGGAAACAUUGGAAGACUGGGAAGACUCUGUUAAUAUUGGACGGAAGAGGAGAUGGUUUAAGGUUGACGAAGCCAUCAGGGUACUGCAGAGCCACAAACCUGUCCAUGCAGAGUACCUAUGCAGACUCGCCGACACCCGUGGCCCGACCUUGUGUUGCCCUGCUCAUGACAACGCCCCGCGGUCUAGAGUGAUGGAGAACGUGGCACCGCACUACGUUGUUUGCUCCACGCAGGACUCAGACCUGUUCAACAGAUAAAGACCCACAGCAAGCAGUUUUUUUCUUCUCAAGAGGACGCCAAGUUGGACGUGAUCUGACAAAGAGAAACCUUUUCAAAUGUACAGAAUGAACCGGUAGCUCUGAAGAGUGGAUCAAAGCUGAAAGUGUUUAACAGAUACAAACAUGAAUCACCGAAGCCAACAACUCUUGGGUGGAUAUUCUUUGUGCUUCAUUUGCAUUUUAAUGGUAUUAUGUGGUUGUACAUAUUGAAUAUUGGAUUGACAGCCCCCACAGUGUAUUGGUGACUUCCUGCAGGCCGGUUCUGGGAAGAUUUGGCUUUUAAAGAAAGCCCAUUUCCCACACUGACAGUGCUAAAUAAUGUCCUUCUGCGAGAGGACAUUUUAGGAGGAUUAGCCAAAAGGGUGGGAAUAUUUUAGUACAAUUAUGUGCUUUUUAAAGGAGGGGGAAGAUAAAGCUUGUGUCACUCUUGGCAAUGUUUUUGCCCACAGGGAGUUGGUUUAACGUUUGCUUUGGGGCAACAACUAACAGGAUUAUCUGUAGAUUAUCCACCUCAUUGAGAGAAAACCUUAACACUGUCUGAGACAAUAUUUCAUGUCUGUAUUUAUGUAGAUUUAUUGUUGUCAGAGUGGAUGUCAGGCUUGAUAACAUCCUUGCAGUUAAAUAUCAACUCUUACAAAGCUGGAUAGAACUGACACAAAUACUAUAUCUGUUAUUCUG